AUGAGGCGCCCCACCAUGUGUGCCAUGGACGUCAUGCUGGAAGCCUUGGUGCAGAACUGCCCCAGCAGGAGAAUGAGCGAGGAGCUGCACAGCAUGUUUCAGGUUCUGCUCCGCUUCCUCAGCUCCCAGGAUGUGCAUGUCCGUACGAGAGCCCUGCGUGGGGUUUUACAGAUGAUCCGUAAUUUUAUGGAAAAAGACUGGGAGGGCCCUGAAGCUUACGAGCCACUCAUUGACUUCUACUUCCCAAUCCUGGGAGAGCUGCUGGGUCACCUCAGCCUUUUCAACUGUGGCUACGAAAGCACCAGAGCUCCAGCUUUACAAGCGCUUCAUCGCCUCCACGUGUUUGUCAAACGACAAAGAACAACAAGCCUGUCAGAGGAGAUGGAAAACUACGUGCGUCUCCAUGAGAAGCCGGAGGAUAGAAAGUUCACAGAUAAUGACUUUCCCACUCCCAAAGAUUGCGCCGAGUUGUUUGGAGGAUACCUCAAGCCUGCUGAGAGGAUGGCCGUCGUCCUCACAGCCCUUCAAGCGAUGGUUGACUCCAGCAUCCAUGACAAGGAGGCGGCCUGCAGUGUGAUGGCCGUGGCCAUGGAAGACCACGCCUUCUGGAUGCCAGAUAAAGCCCAGUUCAUGACCUUCAUCUGCAAGAACUUGAGGAGCAUCACCACAAAGGCAGCGCGGCACUGCCUGGACUCCCUGCUCCUCCUUCUGACCAGCCAGAUGCCCACGGAAGAAGUCAGGAGCCUGCUGAAGUCCUCUCCACCAAGCGACAGCAACGCCCUGGACACGUGGGAGGUGAUGCUCUGCAUGCCGCGGACCUUGGAGAAGGUCUUGAAGGAGGUGACCAAGGGCUCACAGCUGAGCAGGCUGGUAGAAGGAGUCACAGAAGACACCUGUAUCCUCUUCUUGGCUCUAAUGGCAAAGAGUGAAGAUAAUGAGGACUUUUUUGGUGACCUACGCCACCUCAAGACUUUUCUGAAGCAUCCAAGCGUGGAGAUGCACAGCGUGGUGCUCAGAGGGCUUGUCGUACUCUCCGAGACACGGGAGAAGGCAAGAAAAAUGCAGGUGGUGCUGCCAGAGAUCAUGGCCACCCUGCAGGAUGCCAGCGCAGACAUCAAGAUGAAGGCCCUGUUUGUCAUUCAAAACAUCAUGGACUGCGCAAAGAGGAAGGAGGCCAGCUCCAUCGCCGUGCAGCACGCCGAGGAGCUCCUGCUUCUCUUUGUCGAUGAGUCCAGUGAUGUGCGGGCGUCCUCCAUCCGUCUCUACAGAGACAUGGUGCAGGCCGUGGUCUGGUGCCACCGGAGCAGAAUGAAGGGGACGGUGCGCAGGGGCCUGGUCCCACUGCUCCUUCGGAUGCACGAUGAGAACCAGGACGUGGCCCAGGCUGCCAGGAAAGCCAUUGUACAAAUGGCCCGUCUCCUGCGCUGGAACGACCUCCUGGAGCUGGCUGAGAAACAGGAGACGUGGAGGAUCGCACAGUGCUUGCUGCAGCGGGACCAGAGCAGGGCAGAGGAAUACCUGCAGCAGAGCCAGCCCUACCUGCAGGACCCUCAGGCCACCGUGCGAGUGGAGGCCGUGAGGUUCAUUGGGCUUGCUGCGCGCUACUCAAGGGACCUGAGCGAGAAGCAGCGACAGGACAUCAUCACGGCCCUGGUGCCUUUGGCCCGUGACGCGGAGAGCUCGGUCCAAAGCUUGGCAGUGCAGACCACGUUGAUCCUCAGAGCGACCACGAGGACAGCGACAUCACGACGGGGCCUGCGAGCGCUGUGCUGUCUGUUCCGCUGA